CUCCUGUGUCCCCAUGAGGAACAGGCACGCAGGAGGGCUCCUUUUGCUCAGCGGGGAAGGAGGGGGCCAAGGCUUGCCGUCCAGGGGCCUGCCCUCCUUUCCUUCCCUUGCCUUGCCUUCCCUCGGGGCGGGCUGCACCUGGAAGGAGGCGGCCGGCUGGCUGGCUGGCGGGCGAGGGCCGGGCCAGGCAUUUAAGGGCCCCGCUGCUGCGGCGCGCCACAAGGACCUCUCUCUCUCUUUCUUUCUCUUUCUCUGGCUGUCCCUCGCCAUGCGCUCUCUCCUCUUCCUGCUGCUGCUGCCUCUGGCCUCGACGGCUGCUUGCCCCCUUCUCGCGCGGGGCUCUGGCUGCAAGGCGCCUUCCUCCUCCUCUUCCUCCUCCUCGUGCGCGGAGGCCAAAGGCUGCGUCGGGCUGGUGCGGGCGCCGGGGGAGGCAUGCGGCGUCUACACUCCGGGAUGCGCCCCGGGAUUGCGCUGCGUGCCGCGGCCGGGAGAGAGGACCCCGCUCCACGCCCUGCUCCGCGGACGAGGCCUCUGCUUAGAAGGAACAGCAGCAGCAGCAGCACCCAGGAGGAACCGGACCCAGGAGCAGCAGCAGCAGCAAGAAUCCCACGCAGGUGAGAACCAUGGAGCAAGUCACUUUACUCCAGAGCCACUCCGCUUGCAGAGCCAGGAUCCACUACAAGAGGCUCCUGUGGGCAAAGCCCAGCUAGAGCAGCUAUCCAUCAACAGUGAUGCCAAAGAGGAUCUUGAUACGGCUCCUUGCCGAAUGCAUUUGGCUGCCAUCUUACAGGAGCUGAAGGCCCCACUUUACCUGAAUGGUGAAGAUAUCUUCAUUCCCAACUGUGACACCAAAGGCUUCUACAGGCGGAAACAGUGCCUGGCAUCCAGAGGGCAGAAGAGAGGCCAGUGCUGGUGUGUGGACAAGCGAGGCCGCCGGCUGGAAGGACAGGAUGAAAACCCGCUUUGCCUGCUUGCCAACAGUGACUGAGUGGGGUGGUGGAGAGGACGCACCACAUUCUAGCGACAGGGACUCUUCUACCAUGAAGAAUCUCUGUACUAGAAUGGUCACAGAAAUGUGUUUUUAACUUAUUGUGUGGCUGAUUCCUUGUUGGGCUCCUGCCUGGCCUAGUAUAACCUUGGAGCAGUUAUCCUGCCUGACAAACAGCCCACAAAAAAGGGAGAAGAGCCCUGAAUGGCUGCACCACGGUAAUAGCAGACAGGUAGCUUCAUUCUGACUGCAUGACUGAAGAUGCUUUAUUGUAUAAGCUAUUGGGUUGCACUGCAAAGAUGCACUGGUUGGUGGGCAAGCUAUUCUGUUUGGUAGACAUAGCAUGUAUUCCCAGUGCUAACCCUGCAGGAAAAUAAGACAGCUAAAUAUUGGGAGUGGUGUAUGUAUAGUUCUCAAGGGAGCAUUGCAGGUGAUUUUAUAAGGUGUGUGGUAAGGAGGAUAAGGGAUAAGUUAAUGCCAGCCUGGAUGUAUUUAAGCAUCAUUAGUAUUGAAGUAGUUGCAAUUCAGAACUGAAAAGGCGACAUGGUGAAAGGAGGCACUUGUAGAAAUGGAGACCAUGAGUGCUAAUAUGGAGAGAAAUGAACUCAUUGAAGUGCCUCUAUAUUGCUGCCAAGACCCUACAUUCAGGAAAGUCUCCUGGUCUCUUCAGUUUUCCUUUCAAGCAGCUUAUGGGGAGAGCUACCUAGGUGGUGGGAAUCACUUAAGGAACAGCUUGGCUUGCCUUCUCCACAGAGGAGCAACACAUGGAGGAUCUUUCUCUCUUCUCUGCAACGUGCUUUAAUUUAAGUUGUGUAUGUUGAAGGGGAUGGGUUUUGACUUUUGUAUGUCUCACUGUUAUUGAUUACAAUACAUUUGAUGAUUAUAACCCUUUGUUGUUGCUCUUGCCAAGAUGUUAACUUAUGAAGAUCUCUGUGCAAGCAAACCAAAAGGAACAAAAAAAGUUGAAUAACCCUGCCCAAGAAAAACACCAAAGAAGCUAUCAUUGCCUUGGGCAAUUAGAACUAUAUUCACAAUUUCAUUUUCUUUGGAAACUAAAAUUGUUAGUUUUGUCUGCAAGUAGCUAGACCACUUACUCCCAUUAUAUUCAAAUCAUCUGCCUGUUUGCUGUUAGCACCAUGUAAGACAAUUUUUGCUCCUGGGUUAUAAAUGUCAUUUCCUAAUUGGUUCUAUUAUUGAAACAUGGGAAAGGUUGAUUAAACUGCAAAAACUUCACCGUUUUUGCAGGACAUUUCUGCAGCACAUUUCUCUAUAUUUUUCAAUAAAUAUCUCAUCGAGUCUCAA